AUGGCCUUUAAAACAUUGCUUCUCGCUGCAACUGCACUGGCCCCAUCGGUCUUGGCUCAGCAAGCGGCAUAUGCACAAUGCGGGGGGGUUAAUUUUGCAGGUGCAACCACGUGUAUUUCCGGAUAUACUUGCACAUACACCAAUGACUGGUACUCUCAAUGCCUGCCUGGCUCUGGAGGCGGCGGCAGCCCCAGUCCAACAGCUACUGUCCCCUCUGGCGGUAGCUCUACGAUAACAACAGCACCGGGUGGCACAACGGUCGCCGCUGCUGGAAAUCCCUUCUCGGGUGUUGCGCUUUAUGCAAACCCUUAUUACGCUUCUGAGAUCUCGACUCUAGCGAUGCCUUCCCUUACGGGCGCUAUGGCUACCAAAGCUGCUGCAGUGGCAAAAGUCCCAACUUUUGUUUGGCUUGAUACCGCUGCCAAAGUCCCGCAGGUGGGGGAAUUCCUUUCAAACAUCAGGGCCUUGAAUAAAGCAGGCGCCAGUCCCCCAGUGGCUGGAACAUUCGUUGUCUACGAUCUACCAGAUCGUGACUGUGCAGCCCUUGCAUCUAAUGGAGAGUACUCCAUUGCCAAUAAUGGGGUUGCCAAUUACAAGGCAUAUAUUGAUUCCAUUAGAUCUCAACUCGUCACUUAUUCAGACGUCAAGGUCAUUCUCGUUAUUGAACCGGAUUCGUUGGCUAACUUAGUAACAAACUUGAAUGUUGCCAAAUGCUCCAACGCCGCAGCAGUAUACAAAGAGUGUACGCAAUACGCAAUCUCAAAACUUAACUUGCCUAACGUGUCGAUGUAUCUGGAUGGUGGACAUGCUGGCUGGCUAGGCUGGGCUGCUAAUAUUGAGCCAGCGGCCCAGCUCUUUGCAGGCGUUUAUAAGGCCGCAGGUAGCCCUUCCUCAGUCAGAGGCCUAGCUACCAAUGUCGCCAACUACAACGCUUGGAGCAUUUCCACCUGCCCUUCGUAUACCCAAGGGAAUGCGAUUUGUGAUGAGAAACGAUUUGUCAAUGCUUUUGCACCGUUCCUCACUAGUGCUGGCUUCCCGGCUCACUUCAUUACGGACGUUUCCCGCAACGGCGUUCAGCCAACCUCCCAACAGGAAUGGGGUCACUGGUGUAAUGUCAAGGGCACAGGAUUCGGUGUUCGACCAACUACAAACACCGGGGAUGCCCUCGCCGAUGCUUUUGUUUGGAUCAAGCCAGGUGGAGAAUGUGAUGGUACCUCCAACAGCGCGGCUGUUCGAUACGAUGCCCACUGUGGUCUGAGCGAUGCACUCCAGCCUGCCCCCGAAGCCGGCCACUGGUUUCAAGCUUAUUUCGAGCAGCUGCUGACAAAUGCUAAUCCGGCAUUCUAA